AUUUGCUGUACGUUUUUGCCAUGGAUCUUCACUGGGGAACAUACUGUCUGUGGGCGUUUUGCUUCACAGGUACCACUGUGGGUAACCCAAUCCAACUCCUCCCCAGCCCCUCGCAUCUCUCCCUGCUGGCCGGAGAGAACGCUACACUCAGCUGCCGUCUGAGUCAAAACAGCGGCUUCAAGUCCUACUUUUACUGGAAGGCAGUGAAGCAGCACCCGACUGCAAGAGAAAACGAAACACCUGACUUCAUCGAGGAGGAGGGGCGCUUCUCAAUUAGCACAGAGGAGGACAGCCCUCCGACUGCUGUCAGCACUCUGCUGAUCAGUGACGUCACUCCGUAUGACCACGGCAGGUAUUUCUGUGCCGUGCAUCUCCUGGGAGACACGACACACGUGCUGCUUAACAGUACCUACAUUCAACUGGACGUGAAAGCCCGCCCACAAUUAUCCCUCACAUCUCAUCCUUCCAACACUUCGGGCUCUCGGAUCCUGUCCUGCAGGGCUGUGGGCUUCUACCCUCCAGACGUGAGCCUGUCCUGGGAUGGCUCCUCUAUGGGGGUCCUGUCCCCCACGCCGCAGGGACCCCCCACACUACACCAGGAUGGCAGCUACAGCACCAGUUCCACCCUGCUGGUUACUGAGGCGCUGUGGAUCACUGGUGAGGAGAUCGCCUGUGUGCUGAGCCACUCCUCUCUGACACAGCCGCUGAGGAAAAGCAUUAGGCAGGAAGAUACCUUCAGCGAUGCAGCUGUGAUUACAAGACACUGUGUGAUUGUCCCAGCGCUAGUGAUAGAAAUUCUCUGCGUCGUCUACUUUUCUGUAUGUGCUGCACCGGUCCGUAACUGAACUGAGGAUCAUCCUGAAGCUCUCUGAAAACGAAUCAGCGUUUCCUACACUUCCAAAAAACACAGUAAUUAAGAGACACUUCACUGUAUUUAUUUUAUUCAUUUUGUUUGUUAAAAUAAUGACCUUUUGACUCCCACAUCACGAAAUGGAAAAGCUACAGCAAUGAUAUAUAAGGCUGGAUUUUUUUUCACCGUUAUCAUAGAUUUCCUGAUUUCCAUGACAUGUACCCGUUGCCCAAUACGUAGUUCCCUCUCUGUGAAAAACCCUUUAAGCAAUACUGUAAUUUUUUAAGCAGUUAAAAAAUACCGGUAAAUGUUAGUUCCGAAUUCUCGCAUAUAGUGCAAUAUAAAUAUUUCAUUUAUGUCGUAUUUCAUCUUGUAUCGUGAUGUUAUUUUCAAUGCAUUUGUAAAUAUCAUUAUAACUUAUAAAUACUGUGUAUGUGUAUUUAUUGUAUGCUGGGGGGUGUCUGCUA